GGGACGCGCACGCCCGCGGCCGCGUGCGUCACAACCAGGACGCCUGCCCCGCCGGUCCAGCUCGCCUGUCCGUCGGUCCCCGCGGCGGCGGCGGCUGCCCAGUGACAGCGGCGGCGGUGCCAGGCCGGCCGUGAUAGCGUAGGGUUGCGCGGCCUGGAAUCGCAGAGCCGGCCAAAGAGCGGCGCGACGUGAGGAAGGCCGAGCCGGGGCCGCGCGGGAAGAGACCUCGCGGGCGCGGAGGGAAAGGCCGGCGUGAGUGAGCGCGGAGACAGUGGCCGCCGGCGGCCCAACCCGUCUAUCCCCUCGGCCGCCGCCGGCAUGAGCCACAUCCAGAUCCCGCCUGGGCUCACGGAGCUGCUGCAGGGCUACACGGUGGAGGUGCUGCGACAGCAGCCGCCUGACCUCGUCGAAUUCGCUGUGGACUACUUUACCCGCCUGCGCGAGGCCCGCGCCCCAGCCUCAGUCCUGCCCGCCGCCACCCCACGUCAGAGCCCGGGCCACCCCACGCCAGAACCCGGCCCGGACCGUGUCGCCGACGCCAAAGGGGACAGCGAGUCGGAGGAGGACGAGGACUUGGAAGUUCCAAUUCCUAGCAGAUUUAAUAGACGAGUAUCAGUCUGUGCUGAGACCUACAACCCUGAUGAGGAAGAGGAAGAUACAGAUCCAAGGGUGAUUCACCCUAAAACUGAUGAACAGAGAUGCAGACUUCAGGAAGCUUGCAAAGAUAUUCUCCUUUUCAAAAAUCUCGAUCAGGAACAGCUUUCUCAAGUUCUUGAUGCCAUGUUUGAAAGGAUAGUCAAAGCUGAUGAGCAUGUCAUUGACCAAGGAGAUGAUGGAGACAACUUUUAUGUCAUAGAACGGGGAACUUAUGACAUUUUAGUAACAAAAGAUAAUCAAACCCGCUCUGUUGGUCAAUAUGACAACCGUGGCAGUUUUGGAGAACUAGCUCUGAUGUACAACACCCCGAGAGCUGCUACCAUUGUUGCUACCUCAGAAGGCUCCCUCUGGGGACUGGACCGAGUGACUUUUAGAAGAAUCAUAGUGAAAAAUAAUGCAAAGAAGAGGAAGAUGUUUGAAUCAUUUAUUGAGUCUGUGCCCCUCCUUAAAUCACUAGAGGUGUCAGAACGAAUGAAGAUAGUGGAUGUAAUAGGAGAGAAGAUCUAUAAGGAUGGAGAACGCAUAAUCACUCAGGGUGAAAAGGCUGAUAGCUUUUACAUCAUAGAGUCUGGUGAAGUGAGCAUCUUGAUUAGAAGCAAGACUAAAUCAAACAAGGAUGGUGGGAACCAGGAGGUCGAGAUUGCCCGCUGCCAUAAGGGGCAGUACUUUGGAGAGCUUGCCCUGGUCACCAACAAACCCAGAGCUGCCUCAGCUUAUGCAGUUGGAGAUGUCAAAUGCUUAGUUAUGGAUGUACAAGCAUUCGAGAGGCUUCUGGGGCCCUGCAUGGACAUCAUGAAGAGGAACAUCUCACACUAUGAGGAACAGCUGGUGAAGAUGUUUGGCUCCAGCAUGGAUCUGGGCAACCUCGGGCAGUAGGUGUGCCAUACCCCAGAGCCUUCUUAGUGUGACACCAAAACCUUCCGGUCAGCCACAGAACACAUACAGAAAACAAACAUGACAGAACUGUUCCUGCUGUUGCCACCACUGCUGCCAUUGCUGUGGUUAUGGGCAUUUAGAAAACUUGAAAGUCAGCACUAAAGGAUGGGCAGAGGUUCAACCCACACCUCCACUUUGCUUCUGAAAGCCCAUUAUUAGACCAUUUGUAAAGAUUACUCCAACCCAGUUUUUACAUCUUUGGUUCAAAACAGCAUGUCUCUCCAACAAUUUAAGUGCCUGAUACAAAGUCCAAAGUAUAAACAUGCUCCUUUCCUCUCUUGCUGCUACUCUUACUUUUGGAAGUUACCACAGGGUCUGCAAAAACCUGUUGUGUAACUGUAGACACUCUCUAAUCGUUCUCAAAGGAGGAAAUGUAGCCUUCAGUCUCCUCAUUUGUCCCUUGAGAAAGUCUACAUUUGUUCACAGUCGCAGCCUGUGGUUUUACAGUGGGAAAUGGUGGUGGAUGGUAUGGACAUAUGUAGCCCAGUGGCAUUGUACUUUCUGCUGGCAGCUGCACACAUAACAGCUGUCUCCAAACCCACAGUGAUGCUUAGGGAAAGACCCUGCUCAGGACCCAGCAGGUCAGCACCCCGGAGCAGACUGAUAGGUCAGUGGGACCCAUGUUAAAGCAGGAAAUUUGGGCUUAGCACAUUUUACUGUUAGUAGAGGGCCAGGAAAGGUUUUCUGGGUUGGGGAUUUUGUGGGUUUUUUAAAUCUUUUUAGUAGGUUUUGUUUAACUUCUGUGCAGUCUGCAUGAAUGAAUUGCUAUCCAUUUAUAAGGAGCCAGGGUCUGGAGGGUUGCUAUCACUUUGUCCAACCCAAAUACCUUCCUGGGCAACUCCUACCAUUUGUUUGCAGUUGCCCCUACUGGCCAGUGGCAUUAUGCUGGAAAGAGGUUAUACUAUAAAGAGAGCUCUUUCUUUCUACUCCAGAGUUGUUGUGUAGCUUUGCCAUUGAACCCAUCAAUUUUUAAACUCUUUAAAGAUAGCAGCAGCUAUUUUUUUUGAAAUUAAAGAAAAUUCUCAGGCCAGGCUCAAUGGCUCAUGCCUAUAAUGGUAGUGCUUUGGGAGGCUGAGCUGGGAGGAUCGCUCAAGACCAGCCUAGGCAACAAAGUGAGACCCUGUCUCUACAAAAAAAAAAAAAAAUUUUGUUGUUGUUGUUGUUGUUGUUGUUGUUGAGAUGGAGUUUCACUCUUGUUGCCCAGGCCAGAGUGCAGUGGCGCGGUCUUGGCUCAUUGCAACCUCCGCCUCCCAGGUUCAAGCAAUUCUCCUGCCUCAGCCUCCUGAAUAACUGGGAUUACAGGCAUGCAC